ACACGUCUGGCGCUAUCACUUCUGGAAACAACAUCCAGGGGGUCCACGUUAAGUCGGCUUUUGUUGUAUAGGGCUUCAUUAUUCAUAUGUUACAUUUACAUUAAUUAACCGCUUUGCGGACCAAAUCAUCGAGCAUAUUUUUCCGAAUAGAUUAUCGAGGCACAGACAACUACACAACUGGAGCAAGAACCACUGUGAAACUGAAAAAUUUGACUAACACUAAGGUACACUACAAACUGGAAUCCAAUGCUUCCGCAUUAUAUUAUUUCAAGCCUCGCUAUGGUUGCCUCGAUCCAGAGCAAGAAUCGCGAGUUGAUGUAUUCUUAUUGCCUUUUGAUAUUGGUUAUCCGGCGAUCCGCAAACAUGAGCUAAUCGUUCAAAGCAUGCUAGCGGAGAAUGAGAAAGAAAAGGAUUUACCUCAGCUGUUUGAACACACCAAUGAAGCACAAAUUCGGACACACAGAGUAAAGUGUCUCCCUUACGAAUGUGGGAGACUGGCUAUAGAACCGAACCACGAGCUCCUGUUUGAAGGUUCAUUUGCUUUGCCGUUUUCUUCCAACAUCUCACUGCACAACCCUAAUUUUUUUUGUUUGUAUUUCGAUGUACAAACUUCUUCAACUAAUUUGACGGUCUUUCCAACCAAAGGCGCAGUAAAGCAAUAUGACAGCUUGGAUUUGAUCGUAAUUCGGAAGCCACUAUGUUUAACCGAUACCAAUACCAACACCGACACAAUCACAUUAAGGGUAUGCAUUUCCACGGACAGUUAUCUAUUGGAGAACUUCCCUAGCCAGGCAUAUUUCACCACAAUCAAAUGUGUGUAUAACACACCAAAAACUACGUCGUCCGUCACUGAUUGCCAACGAUCAAUAAGCGAUUUACGGAAUGUCGAUUGA